UUCGUGUCAUUUUACCCCGCUGGGAAGGCUGUUUUUCUCUAUAUCUCGACGACAUUUAUCAGUUGAUCGCAAAAGGCGUUUAUACGGAUAUCAAGAUGACUUUCCCUCGCCGCCUGACGUUUGCAUUAUUUUUAAUAUGUUGCCUGCAACACGCAAAUGCUUCAAAUUCAUCAAUAAAUACGUCCACACCGCCGGCGCAGGCAAGCUCAUAUAUAACAGCACAGGCAAACUCAACUAUGACAGCACAGACAAGCUGUAUUAUGACAACACAGGCAAAUGGAUCAACAUCAGCUGUUUCCAAAACGUGUGCAAUGACUGCAGUUUCUACCACAACAAUAACAGUGGGGACAAAGUCCACUGCAGCCACAGAUGUAACAACCUCAACGAAAGCGUCCAACUCAUCAAGUGCUUAUGCACGCAUUACAAAUACGCCUGUCACAACAUCAUCUUCCAUGUCCACCAUGCAAAAUGCGUCUUUCAGCAUAGGUUCAGGGACUGAGUACUCGUUACCACAUUGCACAUCUUGCAGCAAUGGAGGAACCAUUACAGUGACCAUGUCAUGUAACAUCAAAAUAAAAGGUAGCGACGACAAGAAAUGCGACCGGGACAAGUUCAAUGGUACCAGCUGUGAUUACGUUACUUUGGCCAAUAAAAUGUAUGGCUGUGCUGAGGUGAAGAAGAAUUUCACGUACUUUGAGAAAGAACACUUGAAAUCUGUAAAAGAAUGUAAAGUCGUUUGCCAAGCCUCCGGCUCAGUGUUGUAUCCACACGUCGUGUUCAUUUUUGCAUCUGGCCUCGUUGUCAGAAUGUUAUAACAGACUCUGUGAUCCAUCGGCCUUGAAAAACUUGAAGUUUCCGGCAAGAAAAAUUAACGU